GAUAAGUCGUUUUCUGCGCUGGCUUCUUCGAUUUAAGGAGGGAAAACUAAAACUUUUCCUAUAUACAUAUUGCCCUCCCUCUCCAUGAGUCCAUCAACUAUCUGCAGAAACGUUGUCUCAUCAAAUCCUUUCAGUUCAGAUACAUCAAAAGAAGUAAGAAAUAUGAUGGAAGCCAGACAGAAUUUCCAAAAGAUGGUGAUUGAAAAAGCAAUCGCAAAGGCUAAAAAGAUCAUGGAAGGACAUCCAGAAACAAAGUUUACUAUGGAAGAACAAAUGCAGUUUCAUUCAUCUGCCUAUGAACUGAUUGUUGAGUCUAUGGAAGGUUCAAAUUGGCUAUAUGAAAGAUUUAAGAAGACUAUGGAAGAAAGUAUCGUUUCAAUAGUGUUGCCAUCUUUAGUGGGCAAAAAUGAUGACUCAUUGUUGAGGGCACUCAUCCCGAUAUGGUCAAAUUACAAGUUGAUGGCAAGGUGGCUUUGCAAAUUUUUUGAGUAUCUUGAUCGAUGCUUUCUCCCUCAAAAUAAGUUUUCACUCGAUGACACAUCAAAAAAUUGUUUCCAGGAUUUGGUUUUCAGGGAGUUAUAUCCUAGAUGUGGGGUUGCUGCAAUAACAAUGAUCAGGCAAGAGCGCAAGGGAUUGCACAUUGAUCGGGAUCUACUAAAGAAUGUUCUCCUUCUCUUCAUGGAAAUAUAUGAUAAUAGUGUAAGCUAUUAUGAAGAUUUUGAGAGGGAAUUGCUUGAAGAAACUGCUGCUUACUACUGUCAAUUGGCUGAGCAGUGGCUUCUUUGCUACUCAACUGAAGAUUAUAUCCAAAAGGUUUACUGGUGCUUGAAUCAGGAGAAAGAAAGAGCUAGUUACUACUUUCCCUCCAGUGCAGAAAAAUUAUUGAAGGUUGCCAGAUACUAUUUGUUGGAUAAAACAGCGGACAAACUUAUUGAGAAGCAGAAGGGUGAGAACUGCGGCUUGGUAACAGAUUUUCAGGAUAUGUUGUCAAAAUGUGCUGGCAUGAAAAUUUGAGAGGGAAGCUCUGAGUCCUCACCGCAAGAAUGGUUGACUGCCUUACUGGCAAGUUCAACUCGGUUAAGCUAGGAUUGAGAUGUCUCCUUGCCCCAUGUUAGUUUAGUUAAUAGUUUGUUUAAAAUGACAGAUUCCUCUCAUUAAAAGGGGGAAAAACAAAUAGAAACAUUGUUAUGAUGCUUCGCAACAGAUAUAGCUGGCAGAGCAAAUGUAUAUUUUCUCAGGUCUCAAAACAAACCAUCAUACUUUAUUUUGUUAGUUUACGAAAGGGGGCUUAUUGGUAAUUUUGUGAAAUUACUCGAAAAGAGUUUGGUUUUGCUUGUAGCUUUUAUGGGCCUUUUUAUCCCAUUUAAUUAGACUUCUAAAUUCAGUGUCA